AGGCAGCUGAUCCCCGGGAAAAGCCAAGCACAUGAGAGAACCCGGCCGCCGCUGACAGCUUAUCCGCAGUCCCACUAUAAAAAGCAAGCGCAGUGCGCCGGCCUGUCCAGAAGCCCCCUGCUCGACCCGGACGAAGGCCGACCAGAGACUUGCCGGCGCCGGCGCCGGCGCAUCGACGCAUCCCCCACAUGUUCAGCAGAUCCCACCGAUCUCGCACCGACAAGACCCAAGGCUUCUUCACAAGAGAUCAAGAGAAGCAGACGCGUGACGUGACUCGGUCCGUGUUGGCCGAGCUAGGACUUCUUGGAUCCACCUCGUCGCCGUCUCGCCGCCGGGUAGACGCCAACCGCCCGACUUACGACUACGCAAGCAGCAUCGCCUCUGCAAGGUCCUACGGCGCACCAUCAUUCCCCGAGAAGGGCGUCUCCAUUGCCUCUGGAACCCUUCGCGCACCGUCGCACCACUCUGCAGCUUCGGUCAGCUCGGACAGAUCUCGCGAUAGUGUUUCGAUAGCCUCACGAGCGUCGCUGGGCAUGAUGAACUCGGACAGGAGUCGAUCGCGCCGGGAGCGCACCUUCGUUGGGAGUGAGUGCGCUGUGUGCGAGGAGCCGCUGGAGCACACGCUCCGCGGCGAGCGGAUACUACAGUUCUCAUGCACCCACGUGUCCCACGAAGCAUGCUUCUACGAGUACAUCCGCGAGUUCGAGUCUCAGUAUUGCCCGACCUGCAACGCGCCGCUGCACCUCGACACGAGCCGCGCAGGGAAUGUCCUCGAUAUUGAAAAAAUCAGCAACAUGGUGCGCGCUGUCUCGGUGAACGACACGCGCUCCCAAGCGACCCCGACCCCGACGCCGCACUGGGAAGAUCAGCCAGGGCGGCCGCAGAGCCGGGGUUCGGGUGCCCGUCCAGCUGCCGCGGGUUCCGGCGGCCUGCGAGAGGGCGCGCCGAGGGGUGGCCAGCGUGACAACCCAGCGGAGCAUCGCUACAACGCGCAGACGAGACACGCGCGAAGUGAUAGCGAAGCGACCGGCGUGGCGUCCUCCGGUGGCUACCCCGAGACGACGCAGAGCGGGCCUCCCCGGCGGCAUGACUACGACGUCCAAGCGAUGGAGACGUCGUUGUCCAGCCCCCGGGCCGUGACACGGAACCCGAUUCCCGCGCCAACGGUCACCGUCCGCUCCGAGUUCCCAACCAUUAGCAAGUCGCGACAGCAGCAGACGCUGACUUGCUUGGUUACCGUCGAGGUGCCCGAUAACAAGUGGCGCCCCGACCCCGAGGACCUCCAGAGCGCGCCCCCCGUGGCGCCGCCGAGGGUCGAAGAGCCGUUCGCGCGAGCCCCAUCGCCUGCCCGGAGCGCGCCGCGGUUCUACCCGUACGAGUCGCCCGAGGUCCUGGCCGAGAUGACCGAGAGCCUCCGCAAGCGGGUUGACAACUGGCACGGGCUCGACUUCAAUCGGUUCGGGAAAUUGCGACUCUACGGCACCCUCCGCGUGGGCAAGGACAAGGUUGCGUGGCAGGAGUUGGAGUGCUUCCUCUUCGCCGAGAUGCUUAUCUGCGUCAAGGAAAAGAAGAUCGCGGUCCCCCAGCAGCCGCAGUCGUCGCAGUGGGCCGAGGAGUCCGCUCCGCGCAAGACGACUCGCUGCACGCUCAAGGGGUCGAUCCUGAUCAAGAAGCACCUGAACGAGGUGUCGGAGACCGGCAGUAUCGACGAGAACAUUCUCACGCUGAGCUUGUCGGUCGCCGAGCUGCCUCAGUUCCACCUCCGCUUCGACAACCGCAACCAGCUCAAGCUCUGGCAGCAGGCCCUCCUCGAUCUCAACGCGGUCGAGACCUCGCCCGUGCGCAGCCCGGACUACGACCGCGGCGAGUACUCGGAGACGGAAGAGGACGAGUGGCAGCGGGGCACAGGGUCGGGCCGGCCGCAGCGAGUGUCCUCGCUGGCCUCAUCGUGGGGCGGCGCCAAGUCGGCCACGACUGCUCCGACAGAGUACACGAGCUUUGCGCGGAGCCCGCUGCUGCCUUCGGUCCAUGUCCCCGUCGACGUGGUGGUCGUGGUUCCCAUCUCGGCUUCUAUGCAAGGCGUCAAGAUCAACAUAGUCCGAGAUGCCCUCCGGUUCAUGGUGCAAUCCCUCGGCGAGCGAGACCGCAUGGGGUUGGUGACGUUCGGCUCUUCGGGCGGCGGUGUGCCGGUCGUCGGCAUGACCACCAAGGCGUGGCCCGGCUGGAGCGGCGUGCUGAACUCGAUCAAGCCGGUGGGACAGAAGAGCCACCGCGCAGACGUGGUGGAAGGCGCAAACGUGGCCAUGGACCUCCUCAUGGGACGCAAGUACAACAAUCCGAUCGCGACGAUCAUGCUUAUCAGCGAUGCGUCGACAUCGGACGCCGACAGCGUGGACUUCGUGGUUUCCCGCGCAGAAGCGGCCAAGUAUGUCGUUCCCAUUCUCUUACCCCCUCAUGGUAUGCUUUGAUAGCUAAACAAAGUUGGCAGGAUCACGAUCCAUUCCUUCGGUCUCGGCAUGACA